UUUGAAAACAAAAGCCGCUAGCUUGGUGUUGUUGUUUGCUACAGCAUGACACUUUGACAGUUCGAAAAAAGUUGUUAGAGCCUACUGUUGACUUUGUUGUUAUUUCUGAGGUUACUUGCUACUGUUGGUCUCUUCGUAAUUCGAUCUAGCUAAAAAAUUGAGAUUGAGAUAGAUCUAGGGUCUACAUUGCUACAAAAUUCUAGUAUUAAUCUAGAGAGGAGUCUUCCACAUGUGCUCGGCUCAGCAGGCAACUCGGCUGUUUCACUUUCAACCAUCUUCAGCUUCAGUCAAUCCUACUACUACUAGCUAGAUCAGAGUGGUGCAGAUUCUAUGUAUAGACUCUACCUAGAGAUUCUAGGCCAGGGUUUCUCAUGAGGCAUGGCUACUGUGAAUGAUAUCAGUUUCACAGAGCUUGAGAGUGAUGCUGAGGAUAAUCUUCCAAGUACAUGGACCACAGGUUUACAGACCCCUGGAAAUACUGUCACAGAGCUUGAUAGUGAUGCUGAAGAGGAUGCCCAGCCUUUCUCUGCCAGUAACUCGGGUUUACAGUCCACUGCAAAUUUCACAGAACUUGAGAGUGAUGCCGAUGACCUUGAGGAUGCUCAACCAUUCUGUAAAUCAGAUUUACAGUCCACUAGAAAUGAUAUCACAGAGCUUGAGAGUGAUGCCGAUGACCUUGAGGACGCUCAACCAUUCCGUAAAUCAGGUAAAAGGAAAAGAGAGGUAACAUUGCUUCUGGACUCAUCAGGAAGUGAAGCGAAUAGUGCUUUUGAGCAAGAGCGGAGAAAACGAGUCAAAACUGGUGGAGAGACGUUAUUGUCCGUUUUCAGUGGAAGAUGCUGCUCUUCCGAUUGCCUGGCGAGAGUGACACGAGCAGAUGCAGCUGCAGCCCGCUCAGCCUUCAAGGAGAAAUCUUUGUGUGAUCAGCGGAUAUGGCUUCUGGAGUACUUCAGGACUCAUUCUUCUCAAGCUGAAGAUGGGAGCUUUCAGUUCUCAUUCAACAUUGGUCUGGAGCUGGUGUGUGCUACAGCCUGGUACCAGGUGGUUGGAAUUGUGAGAUCAAGAUUCUACGACUGGCAAAAACGGUUCAGAGAUGGAAUGCUCUACCCACUACCAGCCAAUUUCAAAAGGAGAGGGUACAAGACUCAGAGAACUCUCAACGCAAAGACCCAAUUAGACCGAAUAGCACAGAGGUAUGGGGACAGAAUGCCUAACCAGGAAAGACUCAAUCUCCCGUCAUCCUUCACAAAGAGAGAGGUGUACGAGAGGGUCAAGGACAAUGCAGAGGUGUGCUCAGAGUCACACUUCAAAAGAAUCUGGAGGAGUGAAGAGCAGCACAUAACGAUCCCAAAGGUGAACCGCUUUUCAAAGUGUGACGAAUGCACUGAAUUAAAAGUCAAGCUCGGCCAAACCAAUGACAAAGUGCUAAGGAGAAGUCUCAUAACCCAACACCAAAAACAUGUAGAGAAACAAAGCAGCAGUGAGAGGCAGAAAUACUACAAGCACAUUCAAAAAGCGAAGGCAAGCCCAGACAAAUAUAUGAGCAUCAUCAUCGAUGGGAUGGAUCAACACUGCACAGCAAUACCGCAACUACACCCAGCACCCAAAGCCCUCAGCCACACGGACCAACUCAACACACACAUCACUGGCGCUAUUGUACAUGGCAGAGGUCAACACACUUACAUCGACGUCAAAGAAUACCCUCAUGACAGCAACCUCACCAUCAACAUCAUCCUCAGCAUUCUCAUCCGCUACGCCGACUCCCUUCCACCAACUUUGUAUCUCCAAUUAGACAACACAGCAAGGGAGAACAAGAAUCGACACGUCUUUGCCUUUCUCUCUCUCUUAGUGGAGCUCAAUAUCUUCAAAAAGAUCAAGGUUGGCUUCUUAAUGGUUGGACACACACACGAAGAUGUGGAUCAGUUCUUUUCUCGAAUCUCUACCCACCUUAAAAAGCACAGCAUCACGACAUUUCCCAAACUACUACAAGCCAUCCCUGCCUCAUUCAACACUCACACUAUGACAACUGCCCAGCGAAUUCUGCACAUCUUUGAUGUCCGCGACUGGCUUCUGCCCCACCAACAUAGUAUGGCCUAUCACAGCAAGCCACACAUAUUCAAGUUCACCCUAGAUCAAGCCGGGAAAGCCACACUCCAAACCAAAGACUGGUCCACAUCUCCACAUUGGUGCGACACAACAGGCCUGACCCGCAUUCUGUCGUCACUUCCAGAUGGACAACCCAGGCUGGUGAAGAAGUCUUUUACAGACAUCGACAUUCAACAAAUCGAGAGGGGGGCAGAGAAGCUGCGACCAUAUUUCCAGCCAGGGGACAUUGAGGCGUGGAGGUCACUUUGUGAGCUCCUAACCUUAGAGGAAGAGGAAUGUGAAGAAGACGAUGCAACAGUGAGGUGGCCCAUUUGCGACUUGCUGCUAGCGGUCAGUCAACCAGUGAAUGCUCCACAGCAGGAAGUGCAUGCUGACAUCAUAGAGGAGGAACCAUACAGACAGGUUCAUCUUGGACCCAAAGGGAGGAAGGAGAGGAGGACAGAAAUACGGGAGGGAGAUAUGGUGGCCACCUACAUCGAGGCGUAUAGCACACACUGGCCACAGAUAGGACGUGUGGACAAGGUCACAGAGGAUGGCCUUGUACUAGAAUGGUUUACAGGGACAUUGACAACAAAAUGGAAGAAGAUGAUGGUUGCUGUCACAGGACAGCGUGGCCGGAAGCAGGUUUGGGUUGAGACCAUUCCAAGGGAUAGUGUAAUUCUCCUUCCUUUCACUCUGACCGCUGGAGACAAACUGCCACUUCAGGUAGUGAAUGGGUUGAGGGAGAAACAUUGGGAUUAUUUUGAGUAGGUUUCUGCUUUAUUUUGAGGGGUAUUAGGUCUAGUUAAAGCCCUUCUAUAGUGUUGGGACCCCCACAAAUUUGAUGGCAAUAAUCCACAUAGUAUGCGUACUGACAUAGGGGUUUCAUUUAACGCACAAUUCUGCAAGGAUUUUCAAGACAAUAGUGAUUGUAAAGACAAAUAAUAGAAAUAAAGGAAUUUUAGUUUUUCUAUUGUAAGCAUACAACUCAAAUUCAUUUUUUCUUCAAUAAUCAUGUUUAAACAGAUUUGUUAUAAAAUAAUCACUAUGAUGAUAUUGAUUUCAUUAUUGCUACAGAAAAGAAUGAACUUUAGUACAUUAAAUUUGAGGUACAUGUGUGUAACAUA